UGCAGGGAACCAAUUCCAGUUUAGCGACGGUUCCUUGCAUUUGGAGAGCAGGCUAAGGAUUGGAGGCCGCUGUAGCUCUCCGGAGGAAUAAGCGAUGACUAGACUGUUCAGGUCAGUGACCACAGAGCAUUGCUGUGGAUGGAUGUCCGUUACAGAUGAGAUGGGAUGCUCUUGAUGUUGCUGGGAUAAAAAGGAAACAGCUUGGUUCUCCAACUCUAGCAUCCUAGAGUCUCUGCAAUAGCAAUCCUGGCCUGUUUUUGUUGUCCAUUGGUUUUGUUUCUUUCUUAGGUGCUGGGUUUUAAACCCGGGACCUCCGACUUGGACUCUACCAGUGACUUACAUACACUCACAGCUGCCUCCCCCUCCUCUUCCUUCUUUUUAAAUGUAGUACCUUGCUCUGUUGCCCAGGCUGGGUCCUCAGUCUACGGGUUCAUGUGAACCCCCUGCCUCAGAUCACAAGUAGUUGGGACUGCAAGUUGCUACAGGUGCCUGCCACAACCCCCCAACUCCUAAUCUUGGAAAACUGAGGCUGUGGUCGUCACCUGUGUACAGGGAGAGCAGUGACCCAGUGUGUCUGUAGAUUUGCUGAUGAUGCUUCCUAUGGACAGUGAAUUUUUUACUCUUUUUCUGGGGGGGGGGCUUUAACAUUCCUUAAUUUCUAGAAAGAGAAAGUGGGGUAGAAGGGAGGCCAGAAGAAUCAUGCAGGACAGAAGGGCACCGAAGUAUUUCGUAUCUCAGCACACUGUAUUAGGGUUCCUUGUAGCUAUGGAAACCUGAUCUGCUGCCUUCUGGUUCUCUUUCAUGGGGAGCCCCUUCUCCCUGCUCCCCUUGGCCCGGAAGUGCAGAGGCCUAGGAGCUGCCUGCCGGCGACUGCCAGCAGCAGGAUUAGUUCAGGGAAGGACUUGCUCACCUGCUCCUCCCCUCUGACUCAAGUCCUAACAAGUAACCUGGUUCCCCUGGCCCGGCAGCCUGGGAGGGACAGCAGGCAGGCGGGACCUGAUGAGAGGGAGAGCCAGGGGGCGGCCAUCAGCCUGUGGAGAACUUGCUGGAAGCAAGAGCAUUAGGUGGCCUGCUUGUGUCCUGGGAGACCCUGAGGUGGCAUGAGAGGCACCCCAAAUCCCUGAACUGGGAGCAGGAGUCUUCCCUGAUCUGGACUGAGCUCUGGAGCAGCUGGGAAAACUCCAGGCUUCCUGCACAUCCUGGCCCAGGCUGGGAGCAGCGCAGCCCCUUCUUCCUCUGUACCCCCUCCCCCCAGAAGUUCAUCAUGGAGAGUAAGGAUGAGGUCAGUGACACCGACAGUGGCAUCAUCCUUCAGUCUGGCCCGGACAGCCCUGUUUCACCAAUGAAGGAGCUGACCAAUGCGGUCCGCAAGCAGCAAAGGGCCCUGGAAGCGAGGUUGGAGGCCUGCUUGGAGGAACUGCGCAGGCUCUGCCUGAGGGAGGCGGAGCUGACUGGCACUUUGCCUGCAGAGUAUCCCCUUAAGCCAGGUGAGAAAGCGCCCAAGGUCCGGCGCAGGAUUGGAGCAGCAUACAAGCUGGAUGAGUGGGCCCUGCACAGAGAGGACCCCCUGAGCAGCCUGGAGCGCCAGUUGGCUCUGCAGCUUCAGAUCACGGAGGCGGCUCACAGAUUGUGCGCGGAGGAGAACCUCAGCCGACAGGUGCGCAGGCAGCGGAAGCAUGCCGCACUACAGGAGGAGAAGAAGCUCAGGGAGCUGGAGCGCUGCCUGGGUGACCGACGGCGGAACAGCGAACCCCCUCCCACCACUGUGCCCUCCAUGGGCAGAGAGCUCAGUGCCUCCGAUGACAGCUCCCUGUCUGAUGGGCUGCUCCUGGAGGAAGAAGAUUCCAAGGCGCCAAAACCUCCCCCAGAGUCCCCUGCACCACCUUCACGGCCUCACCCACCCCAGAGCCUUGAGGGCCUGCAGCAAACAGGACCUGAGUCUGGCGGCCUGGAACGGGCCCCAAUCCAAAACAGUCCUUGGAAGGAGACCAGCCUGGACCGCCCCUAUGAGAAGCCCAGGAAGUCUUCUGAACUCAGUAGCGAGUCCAGCAGCCCAGCCACCACGCCUCAGGACCAGCCCAGCACCUCCAGCUUGUGGCUGCUGGAUCCUGCCUCCUACCAUGUGGUCCCCAUCCGAAAUGUUCCUGGCCAGCGGCAGGGCCGCACCAGUGCCCCAGCUACCCCUGAGAUGCAGGGAAGGAGAGGCCAGUCACAGUCUCUGAGGGUGGACUCCUUCCGAACAGGUGCGGAGGGCCGAGGUCGCAGCGCCUUCCCCCGCCGCCGCCCCACCCAUUACACGGUGACCGUGCCAGACUCCUGCUUCACACCCAGCAAGCCCCCGCUGCCACACCCUGCCUGCCACUCUUGCUCUGAAGACAGCGGCUCUGAUGUCUCCAGCAUCUCCCACCCCACCUCACCCGGCAGCAGCAGCCCAGACAUCUCUUUUCUGCGGCCCCUCUGCCCUCCUGAGCCACCUCGUCAUCGUGGGGCCUGGGGCCCAGCCUGUGGCAGAGAACUGGCCACUCACUACCCUAAACUUCUGCUGCCCGCUGGAUAUUUCCCAACGGGGCGCUAUGUGAUGGUGGCCGAGGGCCACCUGCCACCUGGUGAGUGGGAGCUGUGUCGUGCAGCCCUGAGUGCUGCCUACGACGAGGAGGGCGUUCCCCUGCGCUACCAGCGGCUGGUGCCCUCCCACAGCCGCAUCGUGCGCACUCCCUCGCUGAAGGACAGUCCUGCGGGCAGGGCACUCAGCAAGGCAGCCGUCUCCGAGGAACUCAAGUGGUGGCAUGAGCGGGCACGUCUCCGGAGCAGCCGCCCCCACUCACUGGACCGCCAAGGGGCUUUCCGUGUCAGGAGCCUGCCUCCCGGGAGGGAGAGCUUUGGGCGGGUCUCGGGACCCCGGACACAGGUGCCCCAAGUGUGUGUACUCCGGAGGUCGCCCGAUGGGGCUCCUGUGCAAGUCUUUGUGCCUGAGAAUGGGGAGAUCAUCAGCCAGGUGUAACUACUCUGAAAGCCGUGGCCAUGGCUGGAAAAGACUUUUAUACUGGGGCUGAGGUUGAGACCCCCUCACCCUGAAGUGCGCCUUUCGUCUCUCCUACGCUCAUCGCCGGCCGAUGACUCAGCGCUGAAACCUCCGUUUUUUACGAUUGUUUUCCCAAGCCCCUACCUGAGGAUUUAUAUCUGUAAUUUGUCUUCAAGGUUCCUGUAAUAUGAUCAUACUUUAUGCCCCCAGAGUCUGGCCUUUUGGACUUAAGGUCUUGCUGGGCUAAUUGACAGCAUUUGUCUCCUUAGGCAGGCCAAGUGGCAUGGAGGGCCCCUCGGGAGUCCCUGGUGCUCUGUGCCUUCCCUCUGAGGUAGCUGCUGGUUCUUACUGCUGGAGGCGGGGGUGUGGUACACACUGGACAAGGACUCCUCCCUUGUUUCCAGAUCUCUGGGUGCCAUACGCUGGGCAGGACUCUCCUGUCCCAUUUAUGUGCUCUGUGAUGCACACACUGUGGGAGGAGAGGUCUUCAUGUCUGGUGGGGCCCGGCCUUCCUGUAUUGUCCUGACUCCACAGGUCUCCAUUAGGAGCCCUCGCCACUGUUCUGUCUCCACACCCUCGAGCUCCCAGACCACUGAACCUGGAGUUUGAGGCUACAUUAAACUGUCCAGUCAGGGGCCUGGCCUAGGGGGCUGGUUGGUGGGGAACACCUCAUCCUCCACAGCCACGGCUGGCUGCCAACUAUGCCCUCUAAAAUCUUCAUAGUCCUAGACACCAGCAUCUUGGGAAAAAAAUACAUAUAUAUACAUACUUAAGUGCUACUUCUGUGGUGUGUGUGAGGUGAGAAGAGGCAGCAACUGUCCCUUCCACUUUCUGCCCAGCCGGUUUCUGCUCUGAGAAAAACUCUUGUUUGUCCACACCCGGAGAAGGAAGCUCUGUAAUGACUCCUGUUGGGGUACUGGAUUGUCUUAGACAACACGAAGGAGUUGUCCCAGCAGACCAGGCAAGUCAGGAAGCUGCCUGUGCUUAGACCAGUGGCACGCUUUGAUCCUUACGCCUCCUUUGCUGCCAGGUCAGAUGCCCAGGUAGCCAUCUUGCAUAGGAGCAGCUAGGAAGGUAGCGAUUGUGACUUUGUGUGGCCUUCCUCACUGGAGCACUUCUCCAGUCCUCCCUUGGACAAACGCUGAUGCCUGACUCUAACGGUCUAUUUCUCCUGCUGGAGAGAAAACAGUGUGGUCCAUUGCACUGGGACUGGGGGAGGGGCAGGCUUAGGGAUUAGGGAGCUAAGAGGAGCUUGAGGGGAUGCACAGGGCAUUUCUGUCACUAUUCUCACUACAUCCCACAGCUCCACCCUCCACAGUGUGUGGGAAAGCCCCGUUUUGGUUUGUCUGGCUUCUGAGCCGCUCCCCUAGUGUAGAUGUCCCCUCUCAGUGUGUCCUCUGGAUCCCCAAGAGCCUUGGAUCCUAAGUCACAGAGCUGGGAGACUUUGAGCGUCCACCCCUGACUCCACCUGAGCAUCCAUCACAUUAACUUAUUGGUCUUACCUAACAGCUAUUACGUGUGUUUGCACAGCGGCUGUGCCGGAAGCUGCGGGGCUGAAACUGCUCAACAUUGUGCCGAAUACUUCAAUAAAGUCUGAUUGGCCCA